UCAGGCUUUUGAACUCCUCGAUGGAAAAAACCCUUUGAACGCAACCAUUUUGAAGUCUGCCCUUUUUGUACCUAAUUUGAACCAUAGUUGCUUGAAAAAAUUGAUUUAAACACCAUAGUUGGAGGGACUAGAAGGUCACCGAUUGAUUUCUCAGAAAAAUGGCCGAGGAAUUUUUCUCGUAUUUAUCUGACGAUUUCAAGGAAUAUAUGUUCAAGGAACUCAACUGGUUGCUCUCAAAAUAUUUCUAUGGAGUGGUUUUCUGGAGCCGAGAAGACGACGAACCCCAACGUCCUUCUACUCUCCCCGACGGCGAUAUUUCCUACUUAAACAAGAUCAUCAGAGAUUUGCUUUACACAAUUAUGUACGGUGUCUAUGGGCCUCCUUAUCCGGUACUAAUUCAAUUUUGGGCACCCAUAACAACAAAAGAGGGCCGGUCUUUUCUUACAACUCGAAACCAACCUUUCUCUCUAACGUAUAAUCCACCUGAUAUGGAAGGAUUUUUGGGGUAUAGGAUGAUCUGUAUGGAUUCUAAAUUUGACAUUGAUUUGGAUGGGGGGAAGACUUGUGAACAACACCUUCCUGCCCGAGUGUUCAAGCAUCAAUUCCCCGAAUCCACUCCUAAUGUGGAGUUUUACUCUAUCACUGAGUAUCCACAGCGUCACGAUGCUCUACGUUGCCGAGUCCGACAUUCUUUGGCUUUCCCAGUCUUUGAAUCUUCUACCCAAAGGUGUGUUGGCGUAAUUGAAGUAGUGACACCAGAGAAAGACCUCAGUUGUAGCCUCUAUUUUGAGUACAGUAUAUAUAAAGAUUUUGAGAAGUUUGGUCUGAAAUGUUCAGUUGUAUUUGAUCACGAGGCCAUGGAAUUAGAUGACGACAAAAAUGAAGCUCAUAAAGUUGCCUUCGAUGAAAUCAAGAACAUGUUGAAAAGGGUAUGUGAUGUUCAUGAUGUACCUUUUGCUCAGGCAUGGGUCCCAUGCAAGAUGGGUUGCCCAUGCAGGGCUCUGGUUGAUGGUGGCAUCCUUCAUGCAAGUUGUUGUUACAAGAAAGUUGAUUAUGGUGAAGAUGAAGAUGGCUAUGACUAUGAUGAAGAUGACUAUGGUGAAUAUGAUGAUUUUCGUCAUGUCAGUUCUCUGUCUCACUCAAAGAAUGGGGUGGGGGUUGUUGGGAGAGCACUUUUGUCCACUAAUAUGGUAUUCUGCAGGGAUGUAACUCAACUUAGCCUAACUGAGUACCCGUUGGCACACUAUGCACGAGAGGCUGGAUUAAGUGGUUGCUUCGCAAUAUGCUUGGAGAGCAAUUGCACUGGAAAUGAUGUUUACGUGCUAGAGUUUUUUAUGCCGAUGAGCAACAAUGCCAGUGAAAACCCACAUACCUCAUUAAGGAAAAUAUUGGAAACAAUGAAGAAAAAUUUGUCUUGUUUUAGGGUUGCUUCUAGAGAAGAACUUGGGGAAGAAUUACAUAUUGAAGAAAUUAGUAUUCAAAAUGGUGAGAAACUUGAUCCUGUUCAAAUCCCCCAAACCACUAUAUCUUUGCCUCGGCUGGAACUCUCACAAAGUAAAGUUGCGGUAAUGCAAGUGGAUUCAUCAGAUCAACAAUUAGUGAAUGCCAUAAAUACUGGAAGCAAUGCUGGCGGUACAGAACAUAGCAACUUUGCUAUUGCUUGUACGCAAGAGAAAAGCACAGUAAAAGUGUCAAAAAUGAAAGGCAACAAAUCUGGAGGCACAGUAAAGGCGUCAAAAAGAGAAGGCAACAAUAAAAUUAAAAUUCCGCUAGAGGAUAUCCUACAAAAUUCAGCAUUGAGCCUUGAGAAUGCUGCAAAAAACCUCAAAGUUAGCAAAUCUACAUUGAAGCGUGUAUGUAGGCCUUAUGGUGUAAAGAGGUGGCCACCUCACAUAAACAAGGUUGGUUGCUCUCAACUCGAUGAAUCUGCCCCUUGUGUUAAUUCUGAUCAUCUGCCUUCUACUCAAUCCCUGGCUACUAUUGUUCACACCGAGCCAUAUGAUACAACGAUGCAAGAUGCGAAUAUUGUGACUAUAAAAGCAAAAUAUGGAGAAGGUGUUACAAUCAAAUUUCCUCUGUCUUUGUCAUCAAGUUUCCUACAGUUGCAGCAAGAAGUGGCUAAAAGGCUAGACUUAAAGGCUGGAACUUAUUAUGUCAAGUACGAAGAUGAGGACGGUGAGUUGAUUUUAAUAGGUUGCGAUGAGGACUUGCAAGAUUAUAUGCACGAUUCUAGAUCGCUGGGCAGAAGUUCUAUUGUGGUAUUGCUUGAGCAAAAGUUGCCAAUUACUGAUCAUAAAAAAGAAAAAAUAAAAAAGUUGCUAAUUACCCACAGAACAACUUGAAUCUUGCUAAAUAAGCACUUCUUGUUAAAUUGGCUUAACUUUACCUAGUGGGUGUUUGGGAAGUAGUUAUUUUAGUAGGGUAUUUUAGUUUUUGACUAUUUUAGUAGGUUGAAUUUUUUGUAUUUGGAAAGAUAGUUAGAUUUUUUUGUAAUUGGAUAUGAUGUUUGUGAG